UCCGCGAGCGCAGGGGAGAACGAGGCAUUCACUCGGGAAUCGCCUCCGCUAGGGUUUAGAGGCCAACCGGCGCCCGGCGCCUCCAACCUCCGGCCAGUAUUCGCCGCGGCUAGGAGGACACCAAAUCGAGUCAGCAACGCCUCUCUGAUCUGAUGCUUGUCGGCGGCGGGCUCUCCUAGUCGCCCGCACCACCGCCUCUGGUCUCCUCAAGUUCCGACCUCCUCGGCUCCAACCCCGCACCUCGCCCACUCCUAGCCUCUCUGUGCAUAACGAGGCGCCCCAUCAAGUGUGUGGAUGCAGUUGCUUCCGAUGGAUGGUGCCACAGCUGCAGGAGGAAGUAGGGAACCGGCAGCCAACGGGUCCAAACCCGAGGAGCAGCAGUUUGAUCCCAGCCGAAUGAUAGGGAUAGUUAAAAGGAAGGCCUUGAUUAAAGAUCUGGCCAUGGCGUACCAAGCUGAAUGUAUAGCAUCCUGUAAAGAACUCCUUCAGCUUCAGAGAAAGUGGGAGGAGGAACAGCACAUCGAAGCCAAAAUGCCUGAAGAACCAAGAUCGUUGAUGAUCAAGACCUCGAAGCAUAGGAAGAAGUAGAUUUAGGAGACUAAUUUCUUACUUUCUUUCGAAAGAACACUUUUCGGCUCUGUCAAUGCUGUGAUUGUUAGCUUGACAGUAAACAAAACGCAAGGAAACAUUGCCGUAAGGUGGGUUUAUGCUGUAAAGCUUCAUUUGCCUUUUACCGUUUGCUCUUUAAUUAGCAUUUUUUUUUCAUCUUUAAAGACUUAAAGAAAUACUAACAUGCUGGAUCCUUUUACAGUUGCAUCCAAUAAUGAAAAACAAUUACAAGUCU